UCAAUUCGGCUAGCUUGCGAACUCACAACUCACGACUCCCCACACACACACACUCUCUCUCUCCUGCGAAAGUUCCCGUCUCCUAAACAGAUCUGGGAACCAAUUCACCUCUCCUUGAGCCUUGAGGAAUCUAUUUAGACGACCUGCCGCGAUUAUCAUCGUGCAUAUCACGGCCCUGCCAGUGUCCGAAACAGAGGAGAAAUGGCUUCUUCGAAGGUGAAGAAAGCUAAAGCUACUUGGACAACUGCUUUCCAUAAGAUAUUUGUGGAUAUAUGUCUUGAGCAGACAUUACAAGGGCAUAAACCGGGGACAUGUUUUACUAAGGUGGGUUGGAAAAAUAUGGUCGAAUCAUUCCACAGAAAGUCGGGCGUCAGGUACGAGAGCAGACAAUUGAAGAAUCACUGGGGUGUAACAAAGGAACAACGGAAGGUCUGGCUUAAGCUGAUUGGCACUGGCAGUAUGAGAUGGGAUUCAAAUACCCAAAGAUUUGGUGCGAGCGAAGAGGAUUGGGCCAACUAUAUACAGGAUAACCCUGAAGCUGCACAAUUUAGGUUAAAAGGACUCCCUUUCUCAAAUGAAUUGGAUAUCAUUUUUGACGGAACAGUAGCUAGUGAAGAAACAGAACCUUCAGCUCGGCGGAGGAAGCUCAGUGAUGGUUCAACCUCCUCGCUUUUCCAUAUUGAAGGGCCGGUGGAUGCAAGUCCUGAACUCAGAACUGAUUGUGGAACUGACCACUUGAAUGAUGCAGUUGAAUCAAGGGGCAUUGUUAUUUCUCGAUCUUCACUAGGGAAACUCAACUAUACUAUUGGGGAAUGCAUUGAGUGCCUAGAUGGGAUGGAGGGAAUAGAGCAAGGAAGUGACCUUUACUUCUUUGCUUUAGAUAUAUUCUUGAAGAAGGAAUAUAGGGAAGUUUUCCUUCAAUUAAAGAAGUCCAGCGUAAAGGCGGCAUGGUUGCAACGAAUGCAAUCAGCUGGUCCUCCUUUACCGUUGCAUUAGUACGAUUGUCAUGCCAACAACAGCUAAAGGUAGCUCGUAUAGGCCAUUAUGCAUCUUUGUGGCACUAUGCUCUUUAUUUCAGUUGCACCAUUUUCUCCAAUGCUAGAAUUUUAUGUUGGCAAAUUGUCCGAUUCAUCAUUCAUGUGAUAUGUGUAUUUGUGUGUAUCGGCUUAAGUGGAACCAUGGAAUGGUGCAUUCUCACUACAUUGAUUCUAUCACAGACAGGAAUGUGCAACUUGAGCAUGUAUAAUGUACUUUUCUUCCUUCCUUCCUUUA